AUGCUUUUUAUGUUCGUCUUCAUCCGGUACCCGCCCACACAUCUACCGAGCUUCUUCAUGGGCGAUCUGGCGAGCGUCAGUAGUCCGAUCUUCCCCAUGUUGCUCACCGGUGUGCUCAGCUACGCUACGGCUUCGUUCUUUUUGGACAUCUACGGGACUGGCAUCGAUACCAUCUUGCUCUGCUUCUGUGAAGACUGCAACGUCAACAAAUCCUCGGAGCAGUACUACAUGAGUGACGAACUGGUGGCGUUCAUCGAAGGACCAGCCAAGCACAACGCCUUCCCCGUCUAUCAAAAGCAAGGGUCGAAUACUCGAGACAACGCAGCAGCCACAGCUCCACCUAUCGUACAGACCGGUCCGAUGACCAAAAUGAAAUAA